AUGGAAGCCCCCACGGCAGACUGGGACCUCCAUAUCCCGGAGCAAUACGACCCGUUGCUCCCAUACCUUAACGAACUCCGGGACCCCGCGCGCGUCAAUAAUCCCAUCCCCGGGGGACACGGUUAUCCCUACAAUCCGCCUGGGAAUGGCCGGGUUUGGCGGGGCCCCGCGCGCGACAAUGCUCCCUUCCCCGAGGGAAACGGUUAUGCCUACCAUCCGCCUAAUAAUGACCGGGUAUGGUAUUACCUGCCCCCCAACGGUGGUGCGCCGAUCCCGGUGAUUCGCGACCCUGGGGAUAGCCGGCAGCAUGGAGGUGCCCGUGGACGUGGCGGUUUCCGGGGUCGUGGAGCUUUUCGAGGGCGUGGAGGCUUCCGAGGAUAUAGAGGCUCCCGGGGACCAGGGGGUCAACCUAGGGAUCAAACCGGUCUUCAAGGAAAUCGAGGCGAUCCGUUAAGGGGUCGAGGAGGUCAGCCAUGGGGUCGAGGACGUGUCAGAGGCCUGGCAGGUUUUGGACGCCGAGGAGGAGGCCUUAUGGCCUCAUGGUACGAGGACUCCUCGAGCGACGAGACCCCAGACAACGAGGAGGCUCCAGACAACGAGGAGGGCGCAGGGGACGAUGCGCAAACUGGCCACGGUGUUGUCGCUGAAACUUGA